AGCGGCAGCGGGCGCAGCCUCCGGCCGCGGGCUGGGAGGAAGGAGGGUUCAGCCCCUGAGGUGCUCGGGACCCGGCGGGCCUGAGCCCCGCGGGCGGGGGUGCGUGCCGUGCCCGGCCCGGCCCGGCCCGGCCCGGCAUGGCGCGGUGCCCGCUGGCGGUGCUGGCGCUGCUCCUGUGCUCGCUGCGGCCGGGCAGUGCCGCCCUCACAGCGCCUGCCGGCGCCCGGCCGCGGCAGGAGGGCGGCGGCGGCCGGCAGCGAGGAGAAGCGGCGGCGGCUCUGCGGGAAAGUGCUGAAAGAAUUAGAUUAUUGAAUUCAUCAGCAAAAGAUAAUACAACUGCUGUGUAUGGAAUAAAUCAGUUUUCUCACCUGUUUCCUGAAGAGUUCAAAGCUAUUUACUUGAGAAGCAUACCUCACAAACUUCCCAGAUACACAAAAGUGCCAAAGGGGAAGGAAGAGGCUCUGCCAAAGAAGUUUGACUGGAGGGACAAGAAAGUCAUUGCAGAAGUGAGAAAUCAGCAGACCUGUGGAGGCUGCUGGGCUUUCAGCGUUGUAGGUGGCAUAGAGUCUGCAUAUGCAAUUAGAAGAAGCACCCUGGAAGAGCUGAGUGUGCAGCAAGUUAUUGACUGCUCAUACAACAACUACGGCUGCAAUGGGGGAUCCACAGUUAGUGCUUUGAGCUGGCUGAACCAGACAAAAGUAAAACUUGUGAGAGAUUCAGAAUACACUUUUAAAGCUCAGACAGGACUGUGCCAUUAUUUUGAGCGCUCAGAUUUUGGAGUUUCAAUAACAGGAUUUGCUGCAUAUGACUUCAGUGGUCAAGAAGAGGAAAUGAUGAGGAUGCUUGUCAGCUGGGGCCCUUUGGCAGUGACAGUCGAUGCCAUUAGCUGGCAGGAUUAUCUCGGUGGAAUCAUACAAUAUCACUGCUCCAGUGGGAGAGCAAACCAUGCUGUUCUUAUCACUGGUUUUGACAGAACAGGUAGCAUCCCUUACUGGAUUGUGCAGAACUCCUGGGGGCCGACGUGGGGAAUAGACGGCUACGUUCGUGUUAAGAUAGGCGGCAAUGUCUGUGGUAUAGCAGACACAGUAUCAGCAGUAUUUGUUUGACAUGUCUCUGGGCCUUUACAACUGGUCAAAAACCACAAGUAUCAUGAGGACAGACACUGUAUAUGAAGAUGUAAUUCAUAACACCGUUUUCAAAUAAAAGAAAUGGCUGUAAGGGCAAUUCCUGCAACUCCUGGCUGAAGUUUUUAAAAAUGUUUUCGUUUGGAAUUUGUGUUGAAUGCCAAAUUUCUCAUGGAGUAAGAAGACUGAACUACAGAGUGUACAAAUAGAAAUUACAAAGAUGGACUUAAGCCUCAAAUAUAAGCUUUAUCCAGGUGUUGAAAACUACUCCAUAGGAGAAAAUCUUACAAGGAAAGAAAUGAUGACAAAUAAGAAGGAAUUUGGAUCAAAAAAUCAAUAGUAUAAGAGUAUAUUUGAAAUGAUUUGAAUAAAAGAAUCAUGACUAACGGUUUAGAAAGUCAGCUAUUACAGAAUAUAUCCAAUAGAGCGAGUGUUGUAUUUCCCUCAUUAAUGAAUUCAAAGGUGGGACUUGCUGGUAAUAAAAAGGUAUUCCAGCUUUGCUGAGCUGUGAAACUGCAUCUGUGGGCAAAUGCAGCUAGGACUCACAAUGAAACAUGUAACUCUAAAAUGCUCUGAAUUUUUCACCUGGAAUGCUUUACCUGUAUCUUUUAAGGUGGCUGACUACAAAAGGUAUUGAAGCAAUUCUGUAAUUUUUGCACUCAAUUACUCUGCCAUGGUUUUAGAUUAAUUUUUUAAUAAUCUUUUAAUGACAAAUGCAAUGAGUAUUUAUAAUUGUCUAUUGGUUUAGUCCUUCUAACUGUUAAUAUUUAAAAUGAAAGGAAGACCAAGUAUGAUGUUUCUUCAAGUUUUGCUACUUACUGAAUUUACUUGGCUGAAAACUUCAGUUUUAAAAAAUAUGAAGUCUUUUGUACUCACGAAUGUUGUAUAGUCUGGCCUUCCCUGAGUGACUUACAAACAACAGAUAGCACACUUCCAUAACUGGAAAACAAAGUCCCCAAUGGGCAUAGAGGAGAGUAAUGUAGUCAUAGCAAUAUGAAACACAGACGUGCCUCCAGUGUUUUUGAGGUACUACUGCCGGGUAUAAGUACCUGAAGUGCUGUGGUAGAGAGAACUUACCAGAAAUCCCAGCCUACAGUGCUUGUGUCUUUCCAAAGGAAGCACUUAAAAAGAGAAAAGUCCUUUCAAUGGGAAGAUGACACUGCAUUAUCGAUAUUCUAUAGCCAAAGUUGCCUUUUAUUAUAUACCAAUUUGAAUAAAAAUCACUUUAAAUGCC